AUGAUGCCGAGGCGAAAAGCAAAGAAGUGUGUCAAACGCACCGAAGAAGAAAAGAACGACGAAGGGAUUCAAAUAGAAGAGACGAAAGAUGACUUUGUGAUCGAAGAAGUUGAGAGACAAAUUGAUGCAAUUAGGGCAAUCCGUGGUGUGGAGACUGAACACACUUUAACUGCACUUAGGUUGCUUCAAUCAUAUUUUUCUGAGGAACAGCUACAAACUCCCAUGUUAGAGUUCUUCAGAGAGAACCUUCCUGAUCUAUCUAUAUCGAGAAACGAAGAAAGUGGGGAGAUUGAGAUAAAGUGGGAUGACAAAAAUGGUGAUUCUUUAAUGGGAGAUGAAGAUGGUGUCGACUUGAAUUACUCUAUCCUGAAGCGCUUGUCUAUGGGUUUUUCUGGUGGCUACGAUUUACCUGAUAACGUGAGAGCGAACCUGUUAGGAACUAAUAACACACAACUCGAGAAUCUUGUCUUUCAGGGGACAUCGGGGAGCCAAAUGUUUGCAAGCAAUGAUGCUCUUCGUACUCCUGUGGUAAAUGGGCAAAGACUCUCUAUUGGAAUGACACCAAAGACUCAGAGGCUGCCAAAAGCUGGAGAGGUGAUGCUCUCUGUACAUGGCUCUCCUUUAGGGGUCUAUAAAGAAGAUGACAACAACAUGGGAGCUAUAAAUGAGGAAAACAGUUGA